AUGCUGGAUCAUGGGACUAGCGUGCGGCUGUUGGCCGCACAGCGAAUCCUCCAAAAGGAGCUUCCAUGGUCGUCGCGCACCAUUCGGGUCUUGACGUUUCUCGAAGUAAUGACCGUCCUGUCCAUUGGUGUCGCCAGCUUCGUGUCGACGCCUUGGCUAGCACUAUGCUGUGGUACAAUCAUGUAUGUCUUGGCGGCGCAUCGGGCGGGCUCGCUGUCAGAUCCGUUGCUGCAGCCAGCACAUGUCGUCAUGCCGAAGAGCCACUCGGCUUUCGGCCUUUCGAGGUUUCAGACAAACGCGCUCGCGUUCGUUUGGGUGUCCGUGGCCGCCCGUUGUUUUUGCGCGGCUUUUGCAUGUUUCUUAGUUGUGGACUUCUUUCUGCUGACUGGAGACACAUAUCUUCCAGAUCAUGUAUUUUGGACGCAGUGGCGGCCAGACUGCAACGUAAUGGGUGACACACGCGACUGCGUGGCAGAGGUCCUGCCGCAAGCGCAAGACAUGAGUGUUACAUCAUGUGUGACGGCGGAGCAGCGGAUUGCGCAGUUCGACAUGCUGCAGUGUGCACCUGCCCAUGGCUGUCUAACCGUGCACAAUGCUACGGCGCAGCUGUUGACGACGUGGGUCGGGGAGAUGUGUCAGUGCCUCCCGUCUUUGCCAGAGUGGAUUCCAGUUUCCAAGCCUUCCUGGGUGAUCGCCGAGUACUGCUACUGUAGAGACCACCUGCCAUGGUGGCAGGGCAACUUAUGCGAGGUUGUCGUGACCAUUGAGGCCAUUUAUGAAGAUCGGUCAACUUGGCACCUGGCUGAGGCUGUCCUGUUCUUGACGGUUGGAGUCACCAUGCUUUGGAUGUUCCUUCUACUUAGCCGGGCCUGCUGCUGCGGCAGAACUGCAGGAGUCGCUCCAGGAAACAGCCAGCUGCAAGACAAGAUCCUGUCGGAAGAGCAGCGGGUCCUCGAGACCGUUCGGACGGAAGGCGUACAGAAGAUCACCACCUUCCUGUCCCGCAGCAUGAUGCGCCUGGGUCUUGUGUCGUACAUUCUGGACGGGGGCUUGGAUGCAUACACGGCAGCAAGCUUAGCAGCCCGCGGCUAUUACCUCCUGGCGACCACGCAGGGUGCCAUUCUUGCAUACAGCCUCCUCCUCCUCCUGCGGCGGCUUGGCAUGUGUAGGCUUUACCAGGCAAUAUGCCGUUCUUUGGAAGUUGGCAUUCUGACAGACGACGCCUUCAGGUGGAGUCAGCACGAGGAGCUCUGCGAGGGGACGCUGUGCUUGCUGUUUCAGACCUUUGCGCUGCCCUACCUGGCGACGAACCCGCAGGCAUACGUCGAGAUGUUUGUGAAGGUGACGAUGAGUGCCAGGAAGGUCGCCCAAGGCUACUAUGCCUACUUUCACCUCGAUGUCGCUCCGCCUGAGCAGAGCGCCAACUUGGAUCCUAUUGCUGCAAAGCCCAGCCAGAUUCCAGGUACAGACGAUGACACCGUGUCUGUGUAA